GAUCCGUGCAGAAGAAGAAAUCUCUGGCUCGAGCGCCCUCCAUCAUCGAAGCCAUCGUAGUUUUCAGCGCAAAACUAUCUGACGUUCCCGACUGAUCUGCGAGAAAGGCUUCAGUGCAACCCAAGGUUUCGUCGAAACUGACUUCGGCACUGCGAUAAAAGCGCGGAAGACGUCAAGCGCCAUCGAACUUGCGCCCACACACAAGACUGCUGAGCAGGAGAUGCAGAGCGCGAACACCACCAAAACGGGCAGCAAGGGCAAGGCUUCGCCCAAGACCCCGGAGUCCAGGAGGCCGUCCGCGAAGUCAGGAAAGUCGACGCCCAACCCAGCGAAACGCUCGAGCGAGCAGCGACACCUGGAACGGGGAAAGCCGCUGGGAGAACGUGCCUCUUCAGGGCCUGCCGAGCAACACGGCGCGGUUCGCAAGGAAACAGCUGGCCAAGACAAGGAGGCCACGCCAGUGACCCCGCAAGACCGGCUUUCCAAAGCACCGACACCUCGACCGGAAAGUGGAAGGGAAUCUCUGGUCGGGUCACGGCAGAGAGACGCAGUUCCGGCCAACCAGAACCUGGGUACCGCUGGUCGCGAAGGCGAGGGUAAAAGAUCGCCACCAAGAAGUCGCAGUCGUACACGGAGUGCGGUACCGACUCCGGUACCGACUCCGGUACCCGGCAGCGCGGUGAUCGCCAGCGUCAGCGCCGCCGUAGCGUCCAAAGAACCCCGGCCAACCUACAGCGUGGAAGAUACGCAUACUCCCGCGACUCCAGUCGCUGGCCAGCAGGUUCUACCCGAGCAGCACCCGAGACCCGAGAGUGCAGCCGUGCCAGCUCCUGGCACGAAACAAGGCCCACAGAUCCCGGAACCACCCGUGAUAGUCGCGGUGAUAAAUCCCGAUGACAUGGGCAGGCCUUCGGAGAAUCCACUCAUGUGCCUGUACACGCCCGAGGGUGGCUUGCAGCCGAUGGCCUACGCCGUGCUCGCCUUCAUCUGGCUCGCCUUCGUGGCUCUGCUGUUCUACAUCUUGAUUUGGCAGAGCUCCGGAAGGACCCACGGCGCCUGCGAUACGCUGGCGUGCGAGGCCUACUCCAGGCUGCUGCUCGCCUCCAUCAACUCGUCGGCCAAGCCGUGCGAAAGCUUCAGCCGCUACGUCUGCGACGGCUGGCGCAGCGGCCACGACCUGACCGUCGGCGAGGACACCAUUCUCGCGGCACUCGACGGGGUCUAUCGUUCGGCGGCGGACAGCGAGAUGCCGGCCAAGGGUCAGAACGCGACGCAGCGCGCGACCGCCUUCUACCUGAGCUGCGCGUGCGUCAGCAGGGGCGAGUGCGACGAGCUGCAGAAGGUGAAGGCGGCGCUGCGAGAGGCGGGCAUCGUCUGGCCGCACAGGGCAGGCAGUCCGGCUGUCGUGAAGACGCUCCUCUACACGUCCAUGAGACUGCGCUGGCCCAGCCUCCUCGACCUCGAGGUUGUGCCGCGCAAGAACGACACGCUCAUUUACCUACGAAUACCGGCAUCGUUCUUUAGCCUAAGUUCCAAGCUCGCGGAGCACCAGCGUUCGCCUGGCGCUCGGAAGCGAUACUUUGACGUUCUGAGAUAUAACUUCAAGAGCGAAGGAGACAUCGUUACAGAUGAAGACAUCGUGACAUUUGAGGAUACCCACAGCGUAGAGCUUGGCAUUGUUGGCUCUCUAGAUAACUACCAGAGCACAACAAACGGCGCGACAACCAGUGACUUGUUUAUGUACGGGAAUACCAAGGGCUAUCGUGCGAUUUGGAUUGACGCUUUGCGUGAAUACGGCGUCAAGGAGGGCGAAAAUGACGAGAUCGUGUUCAUUACCAAUACUCCCACUUUCGUGAGUCAAUUCAACGGGAGGUGGGAUCAAUAUCGUGAGGAUAAAAUGCACAUGCUCCUUUCCUGGGGCACCGUCCAGGUGGCGGCACUGUUCUCGAACCAGAUGUUGCAGGCCAACUUCUACGGCAGCGCGUCAAAAGCAAGGGUCAGUCAUGGCGCGUACUGCUUCAGCAAGACGCUCCUCUUCGUUGGAGACCAGGCACUUUACGCGUACCGCAGAGAAUUCCUGCCAGAGGAGUCGGCUCCCGUGGCCGAGACGGUCGUCGCGGACGUUCGCCGAGCCCUGGAACGCCGCGUUCGCCGUUGGAGUCGAUACGACCGCAGCGUCACCAUCGUCGGCGACUGGUUCUCCACGAGAACAGCGCUCAAGUACCUGCACAAUGAGGGCAGAGCCAACGCCAGCGCCAAGGCCCUGAAAACGAGCCUUCUCCAGGCAGACAUGAGCAAGUCGCUGCUGCACAACUGGCGUCUCGUUUCGCGGGCUGUUCUGUCCGACCCGACACUCAGUCGGGUGUCGAGCGCCAUCGAGAAGCUCCGGCUGUACGUGCUCCAAAACGGCAGCGUGCCUCAGGGACCGGACCUGUCCCUGUUGCCGUACGCGUUCAGCUUCCCCUACUUCGACGCCAAGGCCUCGGCCGUCUUCAACUACGCCGGAGUGGGUAGCCUUGUUGCGCAGGGGCUCGGCGAGCUGCUCCUGGAUGCUUACUCCAAGUCCAAAAUAGACCGCGCCGUGAAGAUGUACCUGGAGUGCAUGCAAGGCAGCUCUGUGUCUUCGCUCGAUAAAAGCAGCUGGGCUCGAUACAUGGAUCCCAUCUCCCUAAAGACGAGCCUGGACGCGUACCGGUCGAGCAGCGGCGCGUCCGACAGUCCUGCUGAGGGCCUCGAGUUCCUCUCUCGAGACCAGCUGUUCUUCGUGGCCGCGUGUUUCAUGCGCUGCAGCGGCGGCGCCUCACGCUCCGGCGGCUUCGCGCAUGCGCAGUGCGACGCCGCCUUUAAGCACGUCAAAGAGUUCGCCGACGUGUUCGGCUGCCCGCCCCAGUCACCCAUGAACCCGGCGCUGAAGUGCACGCUGCUGUGACCAAAUGGCACUGAUGACUACGACGACUUGGCUUUUGAGCGAAAUGGGUCAAGUUUUGUAUAUGUGUGACAAAUCCAAAAUUCCUGUGUGAACGCUAUCUUCGGAACACAUCGUGCUGUCAGGAAGAUGACGUUGUGCUAAUUUUUUUUUUUGCCUUCUCAUUAAGACUUGUGGUGUUUCGCAGCAGCUCGUGUCGAGAGCCUUUCGGACGAAAGACAUUCAGACUGCGGGAAGGCGUUCGUUUGCAUUGUAACGAGAAUUAUCCUUUCCGGUCGUGUGUAUUGUCAGGGUUUAUUUUUGGCAUUAGUAGUCACUUACGCAGGGAAUGACUGCUCACACUUCCAAAAUGUUUGCUGAGGGAAAAUAUUUGUCGCGUUCAUAUUAUCGUUUCUUUUUUUUUUUCUCUGAGUACAAGAGCUGACGUCGAAGUUAAUUUACGAUGUGCUGCGUCGUCCGGUGUUUAAAGCCUGAAAUUCAUUUUAAGCUGAGAAGGGGAAUUCGUACGUCAAACACAGCAUGAAGGAAACUUGCUGCGAGACUAUACCCCCCCCCCCUUCAAAAAAGGAAAGUGAAAAUAAAACCAAU